CUUCGGGGACCACCGCCAGUCCGGCCUGUGCGGCUGGGGCGGCGUCGGUGGGGUGUCCGGGUGUCUGCGGAGAGACCCUGCGGUCCGGGAAGCAAACAAAAUAUACAUACUUACCUAUUUACGUGUACAGUGGAUUCUAUGAGAAAGUAAUGUUCGUUCUAAGGUGGCAAGUCUUAGUGAUAGUAUCAAGCCAAAUACUAGCUCGAAACUGAUGUUUAGAACUAACAAAUAAUGUUGUUAGCUUUACUUUUGUGAAUUUGUUUGGCUCUUGACUACAGUCUAGGAGGAGCUCAAUAUUCUCUGUAGAGAGCACCCAGGAGUGACCACCAAGCCUGGAAUGGCACAGGUGGCACAUAGCGGUACAAAGUGCGAUGUCUUGCCUAUGUGUACGGAAUACAGGGAGGAACUUGGGCUGUAACCUGCCUCAUCUUUGCUUGGGAGUAACGGAGGAGAAGUGAUGGGAAGGUCUAGUCAGGCCAUUGCUGAGAGCUCAUUGCUCCCAUAGCAGUGGUAGGGCAGAGCACAGGUAGUUUAUGGAAGGGUUUCUCUGAUGCGGUUGCCUGCCACCACCAAGUUUCCAUGGCGUGCUGUGUUUGGGUAGUGCAAUGUGGAAUGUGCCAUGCAUGGGUGUCCUGACGUCAGCUCAUAACAACUGUCCCUUUGUCAAAGAUAAGUCCAGACCCUGCAAGAAUCCCAUUUUGGGUCUUCAGGUUCACAGAAAAAAACAUGCAGAAAGUUAUAUACAGCUGAAAUACUUCUAUGGAAAGACAGAAGUGUUAAGAGGAAGUACUCCAGGGCAGCUCUGUUGGAGCUGCAAGGCAGUGAUUUAGCAAGUCACCAAGUUACUUAGGUGACACUGCUUGUGUAGAAAGGUGUGGCAGAGUCUGUUUGUCUACAGCGAGCUGGGAGACAGCACAGUGACAGCUCUGAGACUUCCAUAAAUGGAAAGAAGAUAAUAAAGGAAAUUAAUAGAGUAACUUCUUCAGUGACAGAUUGUCAUGAAACUCAUUCUCAAAUAAUGUUUCAAUCAAAAAGAAUAUUAGAAAGCCCAUCUGGCACUCACUGUGAUCACGUACAGCGACCAGUAUGUCAUUCAGUCAAAUGAGACCUCAGACAUCCCAGCUGGUGGAGCUCCAUGUUUUUUAUGUCCCAGAGGAAGUGUGGAACUUCAAGCUGAAUACAGUUCCUGUGGCUCUUACUAGAAAGUUCAUCUCAGCUGGAUUUAUAAGGGUGUCUCCUCACAUCACAUUAAGAGCGCUACGAGAGAAGCUUGGAGAAUACCUGGGUGGAGUUGCAGUUGCAGAUAAAUUCAAAUUUCUAAAAUGCAUUGGGAAAAAACUAGCAGUGGUAAAAGCAAAGCAAGAAACAGAACUGGAACUGAAGUCAUUUGCUCCCCCUUAUGCACUGUAUCCUGAAUUAUAUUUAUUACCUGGAGUGGAAUACUUUGAAGAUGUUUAUCCGUUAUCAUCAUCAACUAAACAAAGAUGCCACUUUAAUGCGGAAGCUAAUAGGUAUGGUCAUGGAUCGAGACUACCCAAUCUUCCCCAGCAAAGUGAAAAAAGCAGACCAUUUUUAGAAAGCAUACAGAGCAGUCAUCAGCUAGAAAAUAAGGAACUGCACAGUCCUGCAGAAUGGACUGAGAAAGAAUCUGUUCCAGUUUUGAACACAAAUCAUGAGCAAGACUACAACAGGACUGCAUUAAAACAGACACAGUUCAGAGUGAAAGAUCAAAAUGGAUCCAGUGGAUCUCUCUUCACACCAAGUCAUUCAAAUUCUACAGAUCGAGGGUCUGGAAAGAGCUAUAUGCUGUUACAGAAAUCCCAGCAAAACCACCAUAGCGAAGAUCAAGAAGAGCAUGAUACUCCGAAGAGGAAUGACAAAGCCAAGGGAAAUGCUCUUACUCUUCACAUAAACCACAGUGAUGAACAACACCAGACUAACCAACCACACCAAAAUCGCAUGAAAUUCCAAAAAGAACUAAACACCAAACUCCUAGUUACAAACAUGGAAAAUAAUGACCACAAAAAAGAUACCAAACUAAAAAGAGACAGAACACGGGAUUCUGGAAAUCUUGAAAUAUUAGAAGACCAAACCACAGAAUAUAUACACAGAAACCAAAGUUUGCUGCAGUACAGAACUAGCAAGUCUGUAACUGGUCCUGGUGAAAAACUGGAUAAUCAGGUAGAUGAGAACAAGCAAAACAAUUCUACUUGUCCAAAAGAAUAUAUUUCACCUCCUGGUCCACCUUUUCUGUCACUUUCUGUAAACCCAGCUCAGGUUCCUGCAUUUCAGGCAGAAAUAUCCAGAUGCUUGAUAAAUAUAAUUAUAAUAUCUUUAGAAAACAAGAUGGUAGAACAAUUGGAACAAAUGAAGAAAGACAGAAGGCACAUGGAAAAAAAUAGAGAAGAACUUGUCAAAAAAGCUAAAGGGCUACUGGAACAAAAUAAGCUGAGGAGAUACCAUGUUCGUGAGGAAUGGAAAAAGAAAUACUUUGAAACUAAGAAGGCUACUGCUUCACUGGAGGAUGUUUUAAACAAACUGCGACAAGAUUUGGAGUUUUACCACCAGAAAUUACUCUUGCAAUUAGAAGCCAGAGAUAGCCGAAAACAACUGAACAGUAAGACAAACUUGAAGAAUAACAAAAUCAUCCAGGUUACUAGAGUGCAGCAUGAACUCGAUCAACUGAGGAGGAAGCUGGAUGAUACAAAAAUGAAGCUCAUAAUAGAAAUUAAGAUGAGAAAGCAGGCAGCAUCUGAUUUACGAACACUGAGAGCAGAACUGACACAGAAGAAGAUUCAUUCAGCUUUAAUUCUCCAGUCUGGGAAAUCAGGUAUUUAAGAGGAUGACUCAACUGUAACAUCUGUAAAGUCUAUAGAAGUCCUAUAAUGUAUAUAGAAACUUGGAAAUUCAGAGCAUUUGUUUAUAUGUUCUUAAAGUUCUCUUAUAAAAAGACAUUAACUGUGUAAGUGUGGAAUUUGUAUACUAGCCUACUAAGGGACUGCAUAUCACUUUUUAAAUCUGUUAGUAAAACCAAACUAAGUUAAUCUGUAUGUUCAAGUAGCUGAUAAACAUUUCACUAAGUUAUUUUAAAAGUGCAAAUUAGUGAAUCAUGCAAUUUCAGUAUGCUGAUGUUCCUUCAUUAACAAAAUACCUAUUAAGCACGUAAACCCAUAAUCUAAAACCUCCUGUUCAGAUUGUUGGAGCAGCUAUUUAAUUUUUUGAUAAAUGAUUAAAAUGCAUCUUUUUUAGAACUCUAGCAAAAGUAAUUUUUAUUUAGCUAUUUACUGAAGUCUAUUUUUGUCAUUAUAAGCAUACGUAUCUAUAAAUUGGUGUAUUAUUACCUUUAUUAAUUAUGGAAAAAAAAUCUCUAGUUCUUUCAUAUCUAGUUAGUUUUGUUUCCUCCCUCCCAAGAAAACUGCAUCAACAUUAGCUUUAUUCUAUAAUUAGUGGAAGAUGCAAGCUUUGUUUUGACUAUUUCCAGUACUGUAUGCUCUGCUUUUCUUUAAGUUCAUGCAUGUGCAUGUACUUACAUAACAAUUCUCUAAAAAUAAUCAGAAACUCUUCUUAGUCAUUUUUUUCUAAAUCUGUUUGCUACUUUGAAGUUCAAGAUGUUAUUACGUUAAGUAGAACAAUAACGUGCUAGGAAUUCAUGUCUGCUAAAAAGCUGACAAAGCUGUAUUUGUUACUGCAAGUGAAACCCUGACGGGAAAUCAGUAAUACUGGAAGAAACUUAUGCAACUUCUCAGAGGACUGACUUCCAAAUGUCUUGAGUCAAACCACCCUUUUUACAAUUCAUUUUUUAAACAGAGGAUUUGCAUAGAUUUUAGUGUUAAGUAUUAAAUUUAGUAUUAAAAGAACAACUGCUUUUGCUCAUUUCAAUAAUGAAUCCUGUGUCUUGUAGUUCAUAAUUGUUUUAAGACACAAGAGCAGGCAAUUGGCUACUGGAAAAUCUGAAUCAAUUUUUUUUUAAAGUUAACUUUUUUGAUGUCUCAAUUUGGUCAAAUAUACCUAUCUUGCAGUCUAGCAUAUAAACAUAAAUAGUAUUUAUGUCUUAUAAAUUCAUCAGUUUUUCCACAAAAGCUACAGCCUAGAAUUCUAGCGGAGAGCCCUCUGAUUUACCAAGGGGAAAAAAAAAAAAGGAUGAUGCAAACUUAGUAGGUUUCACCUGCUUUUCAUCACCUGUAGUAUCAAGCAGUCAGAUGCUCAGAUCUUCUCCUUGGCAUCAUCAUGGUAGUGCUUCUGGUUCUGUGCUAUUACUCUAUGUUGGUUUCCCUGUAACUAUUUAGCAAGAAAAAACAAAAACAGAAAACUGUCUACAUAUGUCUAAUUAAAUAGUUUAAUUAAUGGAGUCACUUAAGCAGGGCAUAGUUGCACUUCAAUCUGAUUGUGAAACAGUUCUGAGAAACAAUGUAGGCUGUAAACCACGGAACAAGUAAUGCAUAAACAGACAACACUUUAUCAACCUUAACAAAAACAGUGUUUUACUGAACAACAAAAAAGUUCUGUAGACAGCAGUCCAUCUCUCCAUGCAUUAGGCAGCCUCAGCAGAGUACCGUUAUUAGAUGACCCCUGUAAAUUCACUUGGUCUUACUUGUUACCAGAUAUGUUCUAAGUUGAAGCUUUAACCAACUUUCUAUGGUAGUGAAAAAUUAAACGGGUGAUAAGUCUCUUAAAGAGCACUGCUGAAGCAAUACCGGAACUUUAUGAAGAAUGAAGAUACAGCUUUGCAUACAAAAUAACAAGAUGAAUUUGACCAGCUCUCAAAGUUUUGAUUGUAAUCAUGUUAUGUUUAUAAAGAAUUCUGUUAUACAUUAUGUGUCAUAAUAAAAAAAAAAAAA